AUGGUGUCCAACUCAAUCCAAGGGACUGGAGGAACAGACAACAGAACAACUGGUUACGCCAAGCCGAAGCCAAUCGUAAUGGAGCCCCCCCCGUUGAGUACAAAGGACCAGUCGCUGUUCCGUCAAGUCGUCCGCCAUUGUGAAAGUAGACAGUAUAAAAAAGGUAUAAAGGCUGCGGAUCAAGUCCUCCGAAGAAACCCUAAGCAUGGAGAAACUCAAGCCAUGAAAGCCUUGAUACUCAGCAAUCAAGGACAUCAAGAGGAAGCUUUUUCAUUGGCAAGGCUGGCGAUUACAAAUCAUUUCAAAUCCCACAUCUGUUGGCAUGUCUAUGGGUUGUUAUAUCGCGCGGAGAAGAAUUAUGACGAAGCCAUCAAAGCUUACAAGACCGCUCUUAAGUUUGACUCGGAGUCUCAAGCUAUACAGCGGGAUCUGGCUCUCCUCCAAGCCCAAAUGCGAGAUUACCAAGGUUACAUUCAAAGUAGGACGACUAUGCUGCAACAAAAACCAGGUUUCCGCCAAAAUUGGACAGCCCUGGCCAUUGCUCAUCACCUCGCGGGAAAUUUGGCGGAGGCUGAAAACGUUCUUACAACUUACGAGCAGACUCUGAAAACGCCUCCGCCGAGAUCGGAUAUGGAUCAUUCGGAAGCUGCCCUCUAUAAAAACUCUAUAAUUGCUGAGACCGGGAACAUUGAGAGAGCGCUGGAACAUCUAGAAGAAGUGGGCAAUAGCUGUUUCGAUGUCCUUGCAGUAAUGGAAAUGCGUGCGGAUUAUCUAUUGCGACUUGGGAGGAAAGAGGAAGCGGCGGCUGCUUAUGAGGCUCUGUUGGAAAGGAACUCGGAAAACUCAAAUUACUAUGAAGCCUUAAUCAAAGCAAAGGGCAUCGAUCAAUCCGACCAUGAGGCGUUGAGAGCCAUAUUUGAUGAAUGGGCCGAGAAAAAUCCAAGGGGUGAUGCCACUCGCAGAAUUCCUUUGGACUUUUUGGAAGGCCAGGAUUUCCGAGAAGCGGCGGAUAAUUACCUUGAACGAAUGUUUCGCAGGGGAAUACCAUCUACUUUUGCGAAUAUCAAAUUUUUAUAUACAAACAGUAAUAAGAAGGACAUUGUCAAGGAACUUGCUGAAGGAUACGCAAGCGGCCAGCUUGGGUCGCAAAUGAAUGGUUCAGCAGAGAAACAAACUAACGGGGACGCUUCUUUGUUCGAAAGUUCGGUUUACUAUUUUCUUGCGCAACAUUACAAUUAUCAUCUCAGCCGCAACUUGGAAAAGGCCGUUGAGUAUAUCGAGAAAGCAAUCGCGUUAUCUCCAAAAUCUGUGGAUUAUCAUAUGACCAAGGCCAGAAUAUGGAAACAUUAUGGCAACAUCCCGAAAGCAGCCGAACUUAUGGAAAAGGCGCGGUCAUUGGACGAAAAAGAUCGUUAUAUUAACUCCAAAGCAGCAAAAUACCAGCUCCGGAACGAUGAAAAUGAAAAAGCGCUUGACAACAUGAGUAAAUUUACUCGUAACGAAACAGUGGGUGGGGCGCUCGGCGACCUUCACGAGAUGCAAUGCGUCUGGUACCUGACCGAAGACGGAGAGUCCUACUUACGUCAAAGAAAACUUGGACUCGCGCUGAAGAGAUUCCACGCCGUUCACCAUAUUUUUGAUGUAUGGUAUGAAGACCAAUUCGAUUUCCACAGUUUUUCUCUAAGGAAAGGAAUGAUCCGCGCAUAUGUCGACAUGAUACGAUGGGAAGACCACCUGCGUGAUCACCCAUAUUAUGCUCGCAGUGCCCUCGCCGCUGUCAAAGCUUAUAUAUUACUCCAUGACCAACCAGAUCUAGCUCAUGGCCCAAUCGCUCGUGGCAUAAAUGGGGACCAGAAGGGAGAGGUCGAUAGCGCGGAGCGAAAGAAAGCUCUCAAGAAAGCCAAGCGUGAGCAGCUGAGGCUUGAGAAAGCGGAAGCGGAAAAACGGGACCUCAAGAAGGCGAGCAGCACUAAAGGAGGUGACGGGGAAGCAAAGAAGGAGGACCCUGACCCGCUGGGAGCAAAACUUGUUCAGACCCCCGAACCAUUAAAAGAUGCCAUGAAAUUCUUGACUCCAUUGUUAGAAUUUUCGCCCAACAAUAUAGAAGCGCAGACAGCUGGCUUUGAAGUGUACCUCAGAAGAAAAAAAUAUCUCCUUGCUUUAAAGUGUCUGCUCGCCGCCCACUCCAUCGACCCCCAAAACUCCAUUCUUCACACUCAAAUGGCCCGCUUCAGGAAAACAAUUGACACACUAUCCGAACCCCUCCCCUCAUAUAUAUCUAAGGUCAUUAACGCGGAUUUUGAUCCGCUGCUUCCAAAAACCCAAGACCUGACAAAGUGGAACGAAUCAUUCCUUUCCACCCACAGCUCUAGCGCUCCACAUGUCCACGCCGCUCUAUCAGUCCGCCAGCUCCUGAACCCUGACUCGAGAUCCCAGGGAGAGGAGCUGCUCCUCUCUACAGUUAACUUCAAAAACACCUCGCUUGAGGAUGCCCUCGCAGGCCUUCAACUUCUGGACGACUGGAACAGCGGUCAGGAUGCCAAGAUGGCAUAUAUAAGUCAAGCUCAGAAGAGAUGGGCCGAAGCAUCGGCAUUCCAGCUGCAGCAUGUCCAGUAG